GCUGUAAUAAAUAGCCGUGCGCUUCAAACAGCGGUGGAAAGCUUUUGAGUUAGACUUGAAUGGGUUACUUAACACGUUGGUCUCAACUGGAGUUUUGAUUAAGACAGUGGUCCGAUUAUAUACGCCGACGCUGCUCUUUGGGUACCGGGCACUGGUAUCAACUGUUAAUGUGUUUUUCAUUGUGAUAGGUAAAUACAGUAAUAAGAUCAAAUUGUAAACAUGACCAUACUCAGGAUAUGAAUUUCUAGUUAGGUAAGUAUAAAAUGGUAGUAGGUACAUUAGUACAUUCAUAUAAAUUUACCAUUUAUUAAGGUACAAUUCUUUUGUUUACUUUAACUUUUGGGCCUACAUUUAAAAUCCAGCGUUUCUAAUAGGGCGGGAGGUCACUUUGUUUCUAAGAGUUAGAGAUAUUUACCUUUCAAGGUGCAGUUCCACUGGACACAUUAUAAUUUCCCGUAUGUCUCUUUUCUUCGCCAGGUAGGUUACUCAUUGUUAAAACCAUUUUUUUCCCUACCACACUGUUAAGUCACAAAUAGUUCCUUAUCUUUAAAAAAAUCCUCUAUAUUAUUAACUUCGCUUUUGUGCGGUAGGGCAACACCUUCGGACGGCUAAUUCACCCACUUCCCGUCAACGUAUCGAGCUGAAACUUGGCACGUAGACUCGUUGCUGAUGACAAAAACAUUCUAUUAUAUUUUCAGCCCCAACCCCCCCCAAAAAAAAAGUUUUCCCUGUUUUUCAAGGGGUUUAUGACAGAAAUAUGAUGACCCCGAUUUCACGAAACGAAAUUCGCGAUAAAUACCGCUAAAGGAGAUUCUUAAAAAAACAAAACAAUCACAAAUGCGAAGCCCCCGUUCGGCGUCCCAUUCUCUGUCCCUGUAUCAUACUGUAUCGCUCCACUCUUUUUCCGAUGACGGCAUAGGCUAUGGAGCACGUGUUAUGAUGCUAUACAUGUAGCUAACCACACUGUGGAGCACGUACUAUGAUACUAUACAUGUAGCUAACCAUAAGCCUUUUAACAUGCACAUUAAUUUAGACUGUUUCCAGCAGUGCUUCACUAUAAUAAACUAAGAGAAUUUAAAUAUUUACUGGGCGCCCCUGUGGCCAUGGCACCCUGUGCGUGGGCACAGCUCGCACACCCUAAAGGCCGGUGUUGGUCUAUCAAAGGGAAUUAGUAUCGUUCACUGCAGAUUUUUUGAGGUCUUUAAGUAAUAAGUACCGUAUAAAAAAAAGAAAUAAAAAAAAAAAAAGAAAGCUUACCUAAUGAAUUUUCACAAGACAAAUCAAAAUACGAAAAUUAUUUCAUGUAUUUAAUGCUAGUCAAGUAUUCGCUGUUUGUCAAAAAGUUUUUGAAAGCAUGAAUCCAAUUAUGCCAAAAGAACAUGAAAGAAAUGCCCAGUGCCUUAAACUACUUAUUAACGUUUUAAAAUAAUUUGUUAAAAAUCUCUAAUCACCUUUGCUAAAUUGCAUGAGGUUUGAACUAGAAAGCGUUCUCCAACUCGGGGUACGCGGCUAAAGCUAGUGGACUCGGGUGUGGCGUGGCUUUAAAUAGCAAGAAGAAUUCUAGGACGGUCAAUGACUUAAAGACGAACUUUAUUUGAAAAAUAAAAUGCAUAUCUAUGCGACAAAACAAUAAUUGACAAAUCUCAGACCGCUGAUACUGGCUGUGGAGGAAGCAUGUACCGGUACGGUAUGUAAAAAGGACCGGGCCAAGGUAAAAAAUGUUGAAAAGGUGAAACAUGCUUAGAAAAUUUCUCAAUGAUUGUACACAGAAUACACCACAUGUUAGUGUUAGUUCGUCCGUCGAAAUUCGAUCUUGACAAUUUUAACCUUUUGCAUUGGUGCUGAGGCUGAAUAUGUUUGUGGGUGCGCAGAUGGCUGAUCAGGCCGAUUCUGGCACGAAAUGUUCUUGAGAAGGUGCAGGGGAUGGGUGGUACUGCAUGGGUUAACUCCGGCAUUUCUGGCUUGUCUUUUCUGAAGCAGAUGCGUGGUACAGGGUUAACUCGGGCAUUUCUGGCUUGUCUUUUCUGAAGCAGAUGCGUGGUACAGGGUUAACUCGGGCAUUUCUGGCUUGUCUUUUCUGAAGCAGAUGGGUAGUACAGGGUUAACUCGGGCAUUUCUGGCUUGUCUUUUCUGAAGCAGCUGUUUAGCUUGCCCCGUGGUGCAUGAAACCUUUGUCUAGGGAGCAGUGCACUUGCUGACUGUUCCCAAAUGUCCGGGUCAAUGUGAAAUGCUUUCAAAGAUGCUUUUAGCUUGUCUUUAAAACGUUUCUUGCGUUCCACAGCGAACCGUAUGCUUGAGUUCGACAUAAAAUAUUCUUUUGGGCAAACGGUCGUCUGACCAGUCGCGUACCCCGGGCGCCACUUGAAAGGGGCGUCAAAAACGCAUUUAUAUGUACCGGGUAUUUUUUUUUCUUCCAAACUAGCGGCGUCUUAUCUGGAGGGACCACAAUCAAUUCAAUUUCUUGAAGGGGAUUAGGGGAGCGUCACGAUACAAUCGUGGAGAGAAAUUUAGUUAUGGACAUGGAACUUCAAUCAGAGGUUGAAAAGGAAAAGCAGAAGUGGCGUGAUAUCUGACAAGAACACUCUACUGCACAAAAUUCCUUGCAAUUCAAAAUCUAGCUUUGAGUAGACACAGAGAAUCACUUCAUCAAGAUGAUGACAUCCACCUGAUGGCACCCACUUGACCUGAUGGCAUCCACCUGAUGGCAUCCACUGUUCGCCAGAAUUGACUGAGACCCAUUCGUAGAGCCAAGUACUAUGCUAUGCAUGUUUGACCAGACUCCUGAUCAAGCACUCCGUGAGCAGAUGUCAAAGGUAGUGAGGUACCGAGUACGUGGACUUUGAGCGACAAGAGUGCUGUGUUAUAAAGUCCUUUCUUGGUUUUAUCCAGAUGAGCCAUAAGAAUGCUAGGGGGGCUGGUCCAAGACAUCUUGCACCAGAUAAAGAGAAAGAUGAAAUGGGGCCAGACGCGAAGUUUGUCGAUCAUAUUAUGACAACGAAACGUAAUCAAUUGUUAGAAUUACUCGCUCAAAUAGGUAGGUGUACAUUAGAGACCGACCGAAUUUCGGUGUCGGCGCCGAAAGUUGCCAUUUUAUACCUUUCGCGUAGUUUCUGUCUAAACAGAAAAGUUAACUUUCGGUUUAUUUUCAGUUUCGGUCGAAAGUCUCAAUCACGUCGGUCGGUCUCUAGUGUACAUGGAGCUAAGCGGGAACCAAUGACAAUGACGCUUUAUAUUUUGGAGCCAUUCAUAAAGACAAUUGCCGAAACGUUCACAUUUUGUUUUCUGUAUGAUCAUUAUUAAAGCUUAACCUACAUUUGACAGAAAAUAAAGGGCCAAAACGGCAUUUGACACAAAAUAAAGGGGCCAAAAAUGCAUUUGACAGAAAAUAAAGGAGCCAAAAUGGAAUUUGACAGAAAAAUAAAGAGGCAAAAAUGGUAUUUGACAUAAAAUAAAGGGCAAAACGGCAUUUGAUAGAAAAAUAAAGAGGCCAAAACGGCAUUUGAUAGAAAAAUAAAGAGGCCAAAACGGCAUUUGACAGAAAAUAAAGGGGUCAAAAUGGCACAUGACAGAAAAUAAAGAGGCCAAAAAGGCAUUUGACGGAAAAUAAAGGAGCUAACUAAAAAGGCGUUUGACAGAAUAUAAAGAGGCCAAAAAGGCAAUUGACAGAAUAUAAAGAGGCCAAAAAGGUAUUUGACAAAAUAUAAAGAGGCCAAAAAGGCAUCUGACAGAAAAUAAAGAGGUCAAAAGGAGAACACAUUUUAAUGUGUAAAACAUAACAUUUUUUUGACACAUUUUGACAGGACACAACAUGUCCUGGGGAUCCAGUGUCAAUACAGGUUUCAUUCUAAUCCUUCUGACAGAUCUCUACACUGACAUACUGGGUCAUAUUGAAAAACAUUAUUCGAGAAAUAUUUAUUUGACACGUGCUACUGUAAAAAAAAACACUGGCAAAUAAUUUAACCAUUUCAAAAUGAUAUGGUGUACAGCUAUGAAUCAAAUAUCACAACAUAAUUACAUUGAACAAUGAUGAUGAAAUUUCCACUCACUACCGAUACUAAUGCUAAUUUAUUCUUAUCUAAAGUUGUUAAUAUAGUUAUACAGGGUUAGGUAAAAAUAAAUAUAGUUCAGUAGCCAGACAAUUUUCUCAGAAGCCUAUAUCAUUUUUUUAACGAGUGUAGUUUAGAAGUGAGAAUUUAUCAAAUUCAGGCACCAGGUUAAAAACUAUUUGCACUGUUACCAAUGGCUACCCUGAAUUUGUGACCAUUGGCUACCCUGUUUUGUGACAAUUAGCUACCUGUAUUUGUGACUAUUAGCUACUCUGAAUUUGUGACCAUUGUGUACCGGGUACCUGUAUUUGUAGCCAUUGACUACCCUGUAUUUUUUUUUACUUCUGUACUUCAUAGAUGGAAAGUUUAGCUAGUUGAGAUAGGUUCAAGAAUUUAUCUAAAAAUUUAAAGAAAUGUUAAAAACUAUCACAGUAAAACAACAUGAAAAAACCCCCAAAAAAACCUUUCACAAAAUGACAUGCUAAGCAAUAAAGAUGAACUAUCAAAGACAAUCAAAAAUGGUUUAAUAAAUUGUUUUUAUAAAGUAAUGACUUGAGAGGUUUAUCUAACAUAAUAUUUCAAAUUCUUCAUGAACUUGAUGAUAAAAAACAUUGCUUUCAAUGAGCGGUCCUAUCAACAGCAACAAAAAUGCUUAAAGUCAUGACCCAUUUUCACCUAUGACCCAUACAAACUGGAUUAAAAAAGACACAGGUAAUACUAUUCUAAUUCUACUCACUUUAAAGAAUUAUCUAUACAGCCUUUUUCCAUAGUUAUAUCAGAACAUCCAAAUCUACAGUAAUAGGUAAUUCAUAUUCUUACAAAAAAAAAAAAAAAAGAUUUAGAUUGUGAUAUUAUCUAACUAUCCCAACUCAAGUCUAUACAUAUUUUGAAAGACCUAAAAGAUAAGACCAACCUGACCUCAUCUUAGCCUGCCCCAACUUGUGGUUGUAAAUACUGUCUCUUGAGAUUUUGUUCAUUUAACUCUUACACAGGUCAGGGGGUAGGGGAUGGCAAAGUGGGUGGGCGACCGCCCCGCGCGUGGCUGUAGUAUAUUUAUAAUAUACCUAAGCCUACACUAAUAGUUCCUAAUCCAGUCAACACAAUAUUCGGAAACUAAGCGAGUGAACAAAUAUCCGCUAUGAAGCGUCCCAUUUUGACCAGCAAGGCCCCAGUACGACUAUAACGUGUCUUAAUAUCCUAUCGGUGGAAUAUAUAACGUUAGCGUCCUCGCAAAUUCAAUUUCCCCAAGGCCCCGCACCCUCCUAGCGGCCCUGUCUUACAAGAAAAUAACAAAUCUCAUGCUGCCUUUAGGAUAAUGCUAAUGUUGACCUGUGACAAAAUUCACAAGAAGACACAAAUGGCAUGGUCCAAAUCUAAGAAGACACAAAUUGCAUGGUCCAAAAUCUAAGAAGACACAAAUUGCAUGGUCCAAAUCUCUAGUCCUGUCUUAUAGCUCAAAUUAUAAUUAGGAACAUCUGAAAAAAAAAUUAACAGAUGCUUUUUGAGACAAGAGAUUGCAGCUACUUAUACUUUAUUAAAAGAAAAGUUGCAGACAUCAUUUGUCUAGGUUGAUUUGGCUUAUGCUAUUUUCUCUACUACAAGUUGUCUUUUGUGUGCAGUACUGUUCAAACUAUAAGUAUGCAAUAGGGCUAGUUUCACAUUUGUAGGAUUACAAUUAAGAAUGUUGUCUUUUGUGUACAGUUAAAGCUGAACUUCUAGCAAAAGGAACAGAGCAGAUGUCACAUUUGUAAGGUUUCUCGCCGGUGUGUUGUCUUUUGUGUACAGUUAAAUCUGAACCUCUAACAAAAGCAGUAGAACAGAUGUCACAUAUGUAAGGUUUCUCGCCGGUGUGUUGUCUUUUGUGUACAGUUAAAGCUGAACUUCCUGCAAAAGAAACAGUGCAGAUGUCACAUUUAUAAGGCUUCUCACCAGUAUGUAGUAUUUUGUGUACAGCUAAAGUUGAACUACUUGCAAAAACAGCACAGCAGAUGUCACAUUUAUAUGGUUUCUCGCCAGUAUGUCGUCUUUUGUGUACAGCUAAAGCUGAACUUCUAGCAAAAGCAGCUGAGCAGAAGUCACAUUUGUAAGGUUUCUCACCAGUGUGUCGUCUUUUGUGUACAGUUAAAUCUGAACUUCGAACAAAAGCAGCCGAGCAGAAGUCACAUUUGUUAGGUUUCUCACCAGUGUGCUGUUUUUUGUGAAGAUUUAAAUCUGAACCCCUAACAAAAUUAGCAGAACAGAUGUCACAUUUGUAAGGUUUCUGGCCAGUAUGUUGACUAUUAUGUAAAGUUAAGGAUGAAUUUCUUGCAAAAGAAAUAGAGCAGAUGUCACAUUUGUAAGGUUUCUCGCCAGUAUGUAGUCUUUUGUGUACAGUUAAAUCUGAACUUCUAACAAAAGCGGUAGAACAGAUGUCACAUUUGUAAGGUUUCUCACCGGUGUGUCGUCUUUUGUGUAUAGUGAAAUUUGCUCUAUUUGUAAAGGCAGCGGAGCAAAUCUCACAUUUGUAAGGUUUCUUCUUAUCAUGGUUCCUUCUGUGUUGAGCACUAUGAGAUCUACUUGCAAGUGAAGCAGAACAAAUGUUACAUUUGUUAUUGUUUGUUUCAAUAGUUUUUUGUACUGGUAAAUGUUUAUCUUUUUUUGAACUAAUAGCACAUGAUGAUAUGACAUUUUCAACAUGGUGCUGAUUUUGCACUAGUACAUAUUCAUCAGAUGAAGUAAAGGAGAACUGUUCUUGACAAGAGGCCAAAGGUUUUUCUUUUAACUUGACUGUUAAAUUAUUGGAAACACCAUCAUUGAGCAAUGUUAAAUCAGAACAUAUUUUCAUCUUCCAAUUAUGGUAAAAGCCUGCCUCCUGUUUUAUUUCAGCAUCGGCUAAACUGUUACCAUCGGAGUCUGUCCCUGGUUUAACAUCAUUAUAAAGUUCAUUCUUCAGUAGUUUAUGAUAGUCAAUAUCUGUCUCUGGUUCUACAUCUGAAUCCUUUACAGUUACACUUCUUAUAAAUUUAACAGCCCCUUUUUCCAUAGUCAUCUGAAAAAAAGAAAAAAAAAAAGAAAGAUAAAUUACAAAGGUCAGAAAAAUUUAUUAAUAAUUUUCUGACUAUGAUUUAAAAUUAUUACAAUGUUAUUUUGUACACAUACAUUUUAAAAUUUAUUACAUUCAUCAAUUAAUGGAUUUCAUAUUCCUUUUAAAUGCAUCAAAAUUUAGAGUAAAUGUUUUCUACUGACCCUACAACAAGAGUCAUUAGGCCCAAGUAUAUGUAGGUAGAUAUGUGUGUGUGAUGAAACAAAAAAAGAUACUAUGAUAUAAGUACAGAGCGGAUAAAUUAUUUGGUUUGGGGUGUCCCAAAACAGGAUGAAAUCCUUUGUUCUAGAGUUUCAAGUAUCUAUGAUGAUUUUCAAAAAAAAUUUCAACCUGAAUUUCAGUAAUUAAAUUAAUUGGUACGGUACCAAAUGUAAAUUACAUUACCUCUUGGACAAAGUUACUUUUAAAGUGGAAAGGUUGUUUUGAUUAACAGAAAGACAAAUUUUACACUUCAAUUUCAAUAAAGUAUUGCUAUACAGUUAUAGCCUAGCAUGUAAUAAAUUUUUUCUCUCAAAGAGGAAAAUAGUGACAAACUUUUAUUGAAAUUAUAAUAAAUAUUCAUUUCAUACAGCUUUUGUCAACUGUAACAUACUUUUGAUUUAAUUCUAUACCAAUAAUAUAUUAACAAUAUGUAUUAUUGAUAAUGCAGUUUUACUAUACGGCUAGUUAUGGUUAAUUUCAUGGUAAAAUGACGCAACUUUCAGAAAUAAUUUUUGUUUUUAGUUUAAAUGUAAAAUCCCAUUUAGUGUGCUUAAUUUAAUUAAUUAUACAUGGUUUUGGGACUUACGUUGGUAGACUGAAAAAAAAUAGCAUUCAUAACGAUAUAUAUUAAUCAUAAUUGAAAAAUAAUACAUUUUGGAAUUGUAACUGGCGUAACAUAAAAGACAAUUUUUGAGUUAGCUUCUUGUUUGUUGAUAUUAAUAUAUUUUUUUCAAACUAAUUAUCUGUACAGUUUACUUUUCUAUGAAAAACUGCUAAGAUAGAACAUAAAAAAAAUAUAGACAAAAUUGUGUAACUGAUGUAACAUGACUUUGUAACAUGUUUGAUUCUUUUAUACUGCAGUAGUUUAAAAAAACUUAUAUAAAAAUAAAUAACAAGGCUUUAAAGUUUGUCCUUUAGUACGAUACAGAAGCAUAAGGUACAUUUCUUACAAGUCUUAAUGUGUUCUGUAUCAUCCGUUUGGUCUAUUCCACGUCAAUUGUAAAAUUUAGAAGAAAAAUAAAGAAUUUAUUAACUAAUUAUAGCUGCUCUUGUUUCGGCAUUCAAUUAAAACAUUUUUUUACCGAAAAAUUUAGGAUUCUUGUGAGAUUCUUAUAGGAGCCAGAAUGAUCAAUAAAUUGAUCAUGGGCCCUUAAAAUAUAGAAGGAGAAGAAGAAAUGCCCUCCAAUUUCUCAAUGGUAUUUUCAAUCAUUCUCUGGGCUUGCAAGUUGCAACAAAUCAAGUCCUUUUGUUAGAAAAUAUUUUGAAAAAUGACAUCCAGCCCUUGGAUGUUAAAUGCAGUAGACUCUGAGUAGACUCUAUUAAUUUUAGUAACUGCUAACUUUUCAAAAUUGAAGGACAAUAAAAAUAGAAAUUAGAGUUUGAGGAAAGUGGAGCAUGAGGAUUACUAGUAAGGAAGUAUUUGAUUGAUUCAAAAAGUAGAACAUACUUUUGGGUGCUACUAGUGCUAGCACCAAAAUGAAAGAGUAUGUAAUCAUUGUCAUCACCUUUCUGACUGCAGCUAUUCUUAGUAGCUUACAAGGCGAGCAGAUAUUAUGAGAUCAAAACCACUUCAUAUUGGACAGAGAGGAUAUCAACUAAAUACUUUAUAAUUGAAUUCCAAAAAUAGUAAAACUUUCCUGUCUUUUGUUCAAAGCUUUUGUUGACUAUGUUUAUAGUUAACCAAUAAUUUACUUAUUUUUUCAUAUCGUGUAAUGGCCGUUGACCCAGACCAAAAAUCUAUUGGCCCAAGGCCAUGGGGUGCUGCACGAUAAGUCGAUCCACUCCCUUUUUGCCCUAGUACAAUAAAUCAUUCAUAUUUAAUCGUAUACUUCUUCAUUAUAAUAAUAAUAUGAAAAGUUAUUUUAGCACCCAAAUGCAAGUAGCAAAUUUAAUACACAAGCUAUGAAAAAGAGAUUGUCUACAGACAGAUGUGAUAAAUAAUACAUUAAAAGUUAAGGGCCAUGCACAAAAUCUGACAUUGUUGACCCAGAAAUAAUUUAUGUGUACAAGUGAACUCCUUUUGUUUAGUUGUGAAUUGUUACAAGAGUUAACUUUUCUUUUUUGAUAUUUUACUACUCAAAUGGAAUUAUUUGAUCGAUCUCUAUAAAAAUAAUACUUCAUAGUACUGUUAAUUAUAAUAAUUCCCAAUGAGGCUAUCCCAGCUAUCUGUUAAUUAAAAUAAUAAUUCCCAAUGAGGCUAUCCCAGCUAUCUGUUAAUUAAAAUAAUAAUUUCCAAUGAGGCUAUCCCAGCUAUCUGUUAAUUAAAAUAAUAAUUUCCAAUGAGGCUAUCCCAGCUAUCUGUUAAUUAAAAUAAUAAUUUCCAAUGAGGCUAUCCCAGCUAUCUGUUAAUUAAAAUAAUAAUUUCCAAUGAGGCUAUCCCAGCUAUCUGUUAAUUAAAAUAAUAAUUUCCAAUGAGGCUAUCCCAGCUAUCUGUUAAUUAAAAUAAUAAUUUCCAAUGAGGCUAUCCCAGCUAUCUGUUAAUUAAAAUAAUAAUUUCCAAUGAGGCUAUCCCAGCUAUCUGUUAAUUAAAAUAAUAAUUUCCAAUGAGGCUAUCCCAGCUAUUAGGUCUGGUCAUUUUGAGAGAUGGAUUUUGACUGCUAUUUCAUCUUUUGAAUUUUAUUUUGAUCUUGCAAUAAAGUGUGUCAAGGUGUUUCUGUAUUAAAAUUAGACUGUAACUGUAAGUUAGGUUUUCCUUAUUUUAUUUUUAUUCUUUAUUUUUACGCUUUUCUCAGUGUGUAACUGUAGCACACAUGUUUUAGUGAUAUUAGAGGGAAGGGAGGGACUGCAGAUCAACACUUCUUGCAGCAUAUCUAGAGGGACACAAUAAAGUUGUUUCAUGCACAAUGGACAACAUCCUGUUGUUACUGUGAUAUUUAAACAGUUAUUUUUCUAUUUAUGUGAACAGUGAAGAGAGGGCCACUGAGUUUUUGGUGGCAUAUAUAUAUAGAGAGAGUGGAUGCAGUUUUCUUGUGGAAGUGUCAGACCGACUAGGAUCACUUUACAGGAGUGUAUAGAAAGAUGUAUCCUUCCAGACUCACCGAUUGCAUUGGACAGAUGGGCAGCUUAUGUCAACAAAAACCAGAUCAGACACGAAAUAUACUAUAUACGAACACUCCAACACUCUUUUGAGAUCCAUCAACAAAAUUUUGUUGAUCCAAAUGACACUGGUGUUCACUCACACACAAUGUUGAAAACAUGUCGAUACAUGGAAAAUGAUAAGAAUGAUAAGAAAGUCAAGGAAGUUUGGCUAAAGCCUCCAUUUUUUCACCUCCUAUACUAUUUGCAUGUGUCAUGUUAGCAUGUGUUUAUAUUCCGCAAACGUUUUUGUGGAGAUGAUAUUUUUUUAAAUAUUGUUUUAGUUUAAAUUUUUAUGCGAUAAUUUUUUUGUCUUGGAUUAUUUAUAGCCUAUAUUUGCUGAAAAGAAUAUGUGCAAUGUCAUAAAAACAUUUCCAUCUAUUUGUAUCAAUCAAUAAAAUAAUUUUUAUCUUAUCAAUAAACAACCGGCCAUGUAAUGUAAAAGAAAAAUAAGUACCCGGUACCUAACAUAGGGUGACCAAAUCAUGAACUGGAAAAUACGGGACACACCCAAGGAGGGUUGUUUGGAGGGGGGGGGGAUACCCUCCAGCUAAAGAGGGGUCCAGGGGGCCUCCGUCGGAAACUGUUUAUUGAAAUAUGCUCAUUUUAGUUUUUACUAAUUUGAGACCUAGAAAUCUUUUAAAAUUUACCUUCACUUUUGUAAUUUAAUUUAAACUCUGAGGCAUAUUAUAAACGAAAACAAUAAUUUUGCAGUGAAUACUUAUUUAUUUAUACAUAUUUUAUAAAAAGACAACUAACUAAAUUUCUCUAUUCUUGAAUUUAAAUUGAGGAUAUUUGGCUGUUGUCAGUUGUCUCAGUCUUUGUUAAAACCUCCUUCUUAUCUAAUGUAAAGUUGUCAAAACUAGAACAGAAAAUGUGUUUGGUUUUAGAAACGGGACAUUUAGGCUUCAUGAGAGACUCUUUCGGGACACCGGGUACCAUCGUGAUAAAACGGGGGGGGGGGUACAGGGACGUUUAUUAAACAGAAACUCGUCUCUCUCCCCCAUAGACAGCGACGAGGCCAUGACAGGCAAUUCAGGCUCAUACCAGCAAGAAGCCAGUAUAGGAACUGCUCAUUCCUGCCCAAGACAAUCCGGGACUGGAACAAUCUUUCAAAAGGAGCGGUUGAGGCCACAACACUAGACACAUUUGUGUCUAGUCUAUUGCCUCAAGCCUUCAAACCCCUAGUGCAUGAUUCCCUCACAAAGUGGCACUGGAAAUCUGUGAGAUUUCCUCAACACCAGGAACAGAAACAUUGCAAAUCCCAUCUACAUGCAUAGGAGCCAAAUUGAUCAAUAAAUUGAUCCUGGGCCCUUAAGAUAUAGAAGAAGAAACCUAACAUGAUGGGGAUAACGAGGAAUAAGGGGGUAAAGACUAAAGACAGUAAAAGUGUACUGUACCUGUACGGUGUACGGUGUAAAUUUACCUUUAUAAGGAUGACAUUACUCUCGAACACUAGUAAAUAAAAUAAAACGAUAGACCAACUUCUUUUGCGUUAUAUUUGUUAACUGACUAAGGACCUUUACCUGGUUUGUAUGUCCAGAGUGAAUACCUGAACCCCUCAUGAUCUAAUUCUGCUGCCAGAUGAUUGUUUACUGUUGCUUUUCACGGCCAUGAUGCUUGAAUUUAAAUCCAGUGCUGCCACUCAUAUUUGUCAAAAUUCCCUAAAUUUAGUCUUAGAAAAAUUAUAAUUUCCCUAAAUGGCAUUUUUACCAAAAAUUUAGUUUUCAGAUAGAUUGUGUGAAGGGAACGACAGGCCCCGGGAGUCAACAUUAUCAACUAAAUUAUAGUAUAUAGGAUAGGGUUACCAGACGUCCGUAUUUAGUUCGGACUAUUUGUAUUUUCGACCCCUUUUUUCGGAAAUAAUUUUUGCGUCCGUAUUUGUCCGUACUUUCCUCUCGUCUACGAAUAGUUUCAGUUCCACCUGACAGUGACCGACAGUCCAAAAAAUUAGCAUAAUUAUAUCCCCAAAGCUGUAAAAAAUAUCACGCAAUGUUGUAUAGGAAUUAUCGUCAUAAUGUUGCCAUUUCUUUUUUCAAAUAAACUAGCUAGAUAUCACUUCAAUAGUACUCAGUAGUAGCAGUAUUACAGUAAUAUUUCGUUCACCGUAUCAUCAAUGAUGCUACAACUACAAUUGAGAUAUCAAAAGUCAAAGAAUUUUCAACAAAAAUCAAAACAGGAGUAAGAACGCGAAUUUCGUUAAAAUUAAAAUGGUUAAAAAAAAUCAAACUUCAAUUUUUGUAACAAUAAAUUGAAUCGCUCACUCGAGAUCAGCUCUACUCUGUAAAUUGUUGUGCAGCAUUUGAAAGGGUUGUUAAGUCUAAGUGAGUAAAAUUUGACUAAUUCUAAGAUAUUUGAAAACUAUGAUGCCAGUUAGAAAUGCUAGACUUUCAAUACACUCAGGAAUUUAAACAUAAUUUAACAAAUAGCCUUUUGAUUUGCACCCGAGAAAAUGUUUGACUGCCGUACUUCAAUUAAAUCCCAGAAUCUUGCCCGUACUUUCCCUUUGCUCUACGAACAUCUGUUUACUGUAUGAAGAACGAAAUCCUCAAAUUUCCUUCACAUUCUUUUAACAAAGUCUUAAACUGUCGUUGAUUUGAUGGACUAGCUCGAAUGAUUCAUCAAUGCAAGACUGAAACUGGCAGAGGUAGCAUUUUUCACAUUUUGAAGCAACUGCUCAAAUGUGUCCCAGGCCAUACUUUCAAUUUCAACACUUCUUGCUACAGUCUGGUAGAAAGGUGACAAUUAGAUAUUUAUUUGUAUUUCUUCCGAUCCUAAAUUCAGGAAAUAAUGAAUCUACACAUUCUUGAAAUCAAAUUUAAAACUUCUCACCAUCUGAAUAUGUUUUUUUUUCCCUUAGCCAAUAACCAGGAAAUAUUAAAAGAUGAAACAGUAGCACUGACACUUUAGCUAAAGAAAUCCGACAAGGAAUAAUUCGCUGGCCAGCCAUCAUCAUCAUCAGUGGCGCUGCAGCCCAUGCAGGGUCUUGGGUAUCUCCACCACAAAACUUCCAUUUGGAUCAAUCCACGGCUUUCCGCCUCCAUGCUUGAACCUCCACUUGGUUUAAGUCCUUCCCUACAUCGUUGACCCAUCUUUGUCUUGGUCAACCGGUGAGCCGUCUGCUGAUAGAUUUCUGCCUGUAGAUCACUUUCCUGCUUUGCAAACUGCUAUCCUCUAUGUGUCCUGUCCAGGGCAGUCUGCCUUUUUAUUGUUGCGACUAUGGGUGGGUCUUUGUACAAUUGAUAUAGCUCUUGGUUUGUUCGGACUCUUCAAACAUCAUUGUCUAUCACUGGUCCAUAUAUUUUCCUGAGGAUUUUCCGCUCUCAUGUAUAGAGCAGGUUCUCUGCUUUUCUGGUACUGGUAAGUUACAAGUGGUCUUAUGAACAUGGUGACUAUCGCCUUCUUUGUUCCUCUUGAGAUGUUUUUGCUUCCUAGUAACUUUUGGUGGCCGAAAUAAGAACGGUUGCUUGCUGUUAUCCUUUCCUUUAUCUCCGAAAUUAUUUCAUUGUGCUCAUUUAUAGUCGCCAAUAGAUAUUUGAAUGUAACGACUUUCUCAAAGGUGUAGUUGUUUAUAUUGAUGUUGAUGUUGUCAUCAGUUUCCGUGAUUCGUGACAUUAUCAUAUAUUUUGUCUUCGCUUUAUUUACCCAAAGACCAGCUUUGACUGAAUUCUUUAUAUUAUAUCAUUUCUGUUUCUGCCCAGAAGCGCUUUAUCAUCCGCGGAUGCCAGGUACUACAGUGGCUGGCUAUACAAAUUUCAUGAUGGUUGUGGUCCUGUCAUGAUUCUCUGGAAGUUGUUUUUAAUGGUUCCACUGAUGCUCCCAUGUAUGUUUCUAAUGACUUGUCCUAACGAGAUGUUGAACAGAAUACAUGAUAGUGAAUCUCCUUGUCUGAGGCCCUGAUCAAUUGGGGACUCUCUCGAGUCCUCUCCCUUUCCUAUGAUUCCUCUUUCGGAGUUAGCCGUCGUCAUAUGUAUGAGCCGGUUACUCGUACUGAGGACGUAAUGGGUCUACACUCGAACGGCGUGGCAUCCACGCCCCGUAUUGCUGGCGGGAGUCCAGGGUUGUCUCCCGUAAGCCCAGCCUACUCUUGAAUUCCUUAUAGAGGAUGUCAGCGUUAGUAUAGCUACUAACUGACUGACCUCAACUGCCGUGUACUGAACGACAACCCUAUAUACUAGUUUUCACUAUGCUAGACUAGACUGAACUACACUGGACUCGACUGGCUAGAAAUUAGAAUAAAAUAAGGAAUGCAACACAUAAGUCAUAACUAAUACAUUCGAAUCACAUCAAAUCGUUAAUCAUUAAUCAUAAGCUAACUAACAUUUCUUAAUAAAAUCUUUAACAUGAAUUUCUUUUAUUUGAAUUUACAAACACAUGAAAAUUAAUAAUCACAAACCUAGCCAGUUAUGGGUGAACAAACUUCAUCACAAAAAUAUAGCAAGCCAGGCUGUGCACUAAUUUCAGGCAAAAGAGAGCAGGUAGAGUUGAGCCUUGCCUUAUAUAGUAUGGGCUGCGUGGGCACGCCUGACUAGAUACCCAUUGUUUCAGUUGGGUCACGGUCAAGGUUACUAGGUUAAUUUCGAUUCAUUGUUAGUGCUAGCCCUAAUUGCAUAAUCUCACGUGGUUAGGGACGGAGAGAGUGUGAGCCAGCGGGUCAAAAUAAAUGAGUACCAUCGGAUCUCAACACAAAGCAAUAAUCUGGAAUUUCGUGGCCAUAAAUAAGAUGAAACUUUAUUGAAAUAGUUAAGACGCAAUUUAAAUAUAUCAUAGUGCUAAGAGAGCACCUAACGAGACUAAAGAGGAAUCUAUCAUAGUGCUAAGAGAGCACCUAACGAGACUAAAGAGGAAUCUAUCAUAGUGCUAAGAGAGCACCUAACGAGACUAAAGAGGAAUCUAUCAUAGUGCUAAGAGAGCACCUAACGAGACUAAAGAGGAAUCUAUCAUAGUGCUAAGAGAGCACCUAACGAGGCUAAAGAGGAAUCUAUCAUAUUGCUAAGAGAGCGCCUAACGAGGCUAAAGAGGAAUCUAUCAUAGUGCUAAGAGAGCACCUAACGAGACUAAAGAGGAAUCUAUCAUAGUGCUAAGAGAGCACCUAACGAGACUAAAGAGGAGUGGACAUAAGCAUCCGCAUCACACCUUUCACCAGAAACCCAAAAUAAAUUUAUGAAUGUCCUUGCAAAUCAUGUGAAGGAGAUUCUUAUCAUGGAUAUAAAGGCUACGAAGUAUUUUGCAAAUGUUUUCGACAGUACACCUGAUUUAUCACACACUGAUUAGAUGUCUGAAGUGAUCAGAUAUGUGAAAAUCCACAAUGGGGAAGUUGAAGUGAGACAAGUGUUUCUUUGAUUUUGCCCUUUAAGGGGGAAAAAAGCUGACGAUCUCAGGUCUGACAUUCUUACUUGAUGGACUAGACAUAAUAACGUACAGAGCGCAAGGCUACGAUAAUGCUGUCACAAUGUGUGGAAUCCAUGGAGGUGUUCAGGUCAUUCUGAAAAGAAAUAAUGAUAAUGAUAACGCUAUUUUAAUUAAUGUGUGGGCCAUUCGCUUAACUUGUGUGGUCACCUGGGCCAUUCGCUUAACUUGUGUGGUCACCUGGGCCAUUCGCUUAACUUGUGUGGUCACCUGGGCCUUUCGCUUAACUUGUGUGGUCACCUGUUCUUUUCGCUUAACUUGUGUGGUCAUGGUCACCUGGGCCAUUCGCUUAACUUGUGUGGUCACCUGGGCCAUUCGCUUAACUUGUGUGGUCACCUGGGCCAUUCGCUUAACUUGUGUGGUCACCUGGGCCAUUCGCUUAACUUGUGUGGUCACCACCCGUUUGCCGCAAACAUUUCACUUAUGACAUUUUUUGUCAGUACUAUUGAGAGAAUAUUUUUAUUCCUUGCUGCCUCCACUCAUCGAUGGGGUGUUUUAACUGAACACAAUUGAAUGUCGGUGAAAAGACUCUCAAAAACAUGUCGGAGUGCUCAUCAUGCUGCUGUUAAAACAGUAAAAGAUAAGUUUGAUGAAUGUGUGGCGGUGAUUGAAGCUCUAUGUGAUCCUCUUGUAAAUUAGGAUUCAAUGGGUACAACACACAAUCUUUUACAUGCUGUCUGUGAUUCCACGUUUAUCUGCUACUUUUUACCUUUGUGCUGAACUAAUUGGGGAAGUUAAUCUUACACAGCAGUAUGUGCAGAUUGAAGGCUUUACUCUUGACAAAGUGGUGACCAACCUAGGGACCUCAAGUUUGUUUAUGCACGAGAAGCUCUGUCCCUUGGUGGAACAUGCUAUUGAAAAGGUACUUUUAAAAUCAGAACAAUUUGGAAUUUGGUUAGAGAGAAGAUUAAUUUUUAAGAAGAGAAUGGCUGGAAAACAACUAAAAGAUGCUGUACUCUCUCUACGAGUGGAAGAACUGUAGGGAUAUGCUUGAGUGAAUUGAAGUCUUUCAUUCUUAACUCGAGAUCAGAUCAUCAGCGAUCAAGGAAGUAGCAGAUAUGUUUGGGGCUGUUCAACCCAAGAGUCUAUUAUCAGCAAUUGAAGAAGAGUUAUUGGUGUCCGUUCUAAAAUUAAAAUAUUUUUAUGUUCAGUAAUGGGAAGAUGAACUGUUUAAAGAAAUACUAAGGCUUAGAUGACACUAAAGGCAUCGGAUAUUGCAUUUCACAAAGUCCUGGACUGGUCAGUUUUCAAUAUUUUGAAAUUCAUAUCCGAAUGAGCCCUCAUAGAAUCUCUUCUAAUUCUCUCGCCGAAGGCUUCAUGUGAGCGGAGCUUUUUAAAACUAAGGCUUAUCAAGUGUGUGACACCAUGAAUUUCCCGCACCGGGUGACACCAGCCACUGUUUUUAUUCUUUACAUUUACAUAAAAAAUUCAGUUUUUUUUAAAAUUAAGAUAAUUGUUUUUUUAAAAAAAUUGUUGUAAUGGACAAUACGGGAACCAUUUAACUGACAAUUAAUGCUAAAUGUAUUGACCAAAAUCAUAUUAAUGGAAUAUUGAUUAUGCUUGAAAAGCCCCAAGCCUAACUUGUAGCCAUUUAUGGAAUAUCGUAAAUAACUUUAAAAAAAAAAUAAUUUCAUUUAAUUGUAUGUAAAGUAACAAUGUUUAGAUUUGUGAAGAAUAGAAUUUUUUUUUUUUAAAUCUCCAAAUGUGGGAAAUAAAGUUGACGUAGUUGAUGACUUAGUUGAUGUUUAAUUUUGUACACCAUGACUUCUAUUGGGAUCAUUUUAAUUUAUUGUCCAUCGCGCUAAUGUCUUUUCAAAUAAUACAAAUCAACAAUAACUUCAACCAUUAAAAGUGGAAAAGUCUUUACUAGAAAACAUGAAAUUGAUUGACUUUAACUUAUAUAACUUUAACCCAAACUUUGUUAAUAUGCAGAAUCAGGCGAGCAUUUUUCUGCAACAAUUUCCGUCUCUUCCCAGAGGCGUAGCAACAGGGAGGUGGGGGAGGAGGGGGAUACAUUUCCCGGCCGCAAGAUUGGUGGGGGCGAAAAAAAAGGGCUUUGAUCGCAUGUUAUUGGUGAAAAAAAUGGGUUUAGACUUGAGGGGGGGGGGCGGAGGGCGUAAAAAUGAAUCUUGUCCCUGGGAGCCAAAUACUCUAGCUACGCCUCUGUCUCUAUGAUAGUGAAAAGAAAUAUUCUUAAUAUUCUAUUGUAAGGCUGGCGAACCGGUACAGGUUCACUGACCACCACUUAUGGAAACACUUAGUAGCUUAGACAGGUUCUGACACUUGACCGGGGGGGGGUGGGUUGAAAUGAAUAAAAGAAAACGCAUUAACAGAAUAAGUUUAACAAAAAUUUUUAUGAUUACAUUGUAAAUAUACAUUAAGAAAAUAAGCUAUGUGUCGGAACUUUGACUUGGCGAACCGGUACAGGUUCACUGACCACCACUUAUGGAAACACUUAGUAGCUUAGACAGGUUCUGACACUUGACCGGGGGGGGGGGGUGGGUUGAAAUGAAUAAAAGAAAACGCAUUAACAGAAUAAGUUUAACAAAAAUUUUUAUGAUUACAUUGUAAAUAUACAUUAAGAAAAUAAGCUGUGUGUCGGAACUUUGACUUUGAUCAUGGCCGGGGUGGAGGGGGGUGGAAAUAAGGAAAGGGGUUUUAGAGCGCGCUGGGCAUAUAUAAAUGUAUAAAUAUAUAUUAGUAAUUUAAAAAUUCAGUGAUGCAUUUUAGCGCAUACCGGAAUUUCGUUGUUCAUCAUUCUACAUUUUAUCUUAGAACAACAUACUAGUGGGAAUUCAGGUUACCUUAACUGAAUGUCAUUAUAUUAAGCCUUAAUUUUUAGCUGCUACCAAAAUUUAACAGUAAUAAAUAACAUUUUAAAAAAUAAAUAAUUAAUUUAUUAAUAGUUAAUUCUAAUGUUCAUUAAGAAAAAGAAGAUAUCCUUGAAAUAGCUCCACUUUUUUUAUAUAAGUAAUCUCAGUGGUAGUGGUUUGCCACCCCCCCCCCCCGCUCCCAAAACCAACUGGCUACGCUACAGGAGAGACUGCCUUCGUCUAUUUUGCUCAGCUGGGUGACUUUCGAUAGGACUCUUGUAAAAUCUGAAAACUGAAUUUAAAUUUAAAAGAGUCUAUGAUUAGCUUGUUGUUGCACCGUCACACACAAGAUUCAGUAAAUGGGAUAUUCAGAGACAAAGCUGCGACUAGGUUGUUUAAUCACAGAAAAUGGAGCGAGAAGGUUGCGUAUGCACAGACAAGGCUAGGUUGUCGUAGUGGAAUGUGGAUUCAAAGUCAAGACUAAGAGUAGGCUCUAUAUGUGCAGAAAAGACCGAGUGUAGGCUGUGUACAAAGACACUACCAGGUGUAGGUUGUGUACAGAGACAAUGCCAGGUGUAGGUUGUGUACAGAGACAAUUCCAGCUGUAUUUUGUGUACAGAGACAAUACCAGCUGUAUGUUGUGUACAGAGACAAUACUAGGUUUAGGUUGUGUACAGAGAAAAUACUAGGUGUAGGAUGUGUACAGAGCCAAUACCAGAUUUAGGUCGUGUACAGAGACAAUACCAGGAAUAUGGUAGUGUGCACACUUAAGACAUUAGCCUCACCAAGUUAGAAUAAAUCAGUUAACCCCCCCCCCACACACACACACUAAUAGUUUUCAGUAUCACCCAAUAUUAGUAUGCACAUAUCAGUGUGCUCAUCAAUGUGCUCCUACACAUUGAUUUAGGUCGUGAACCGAGACAAUACCAGGAAAAUGGUAGUGUGCACACUUCAGACAUUAGCCUCACCAAGUUAGAAUAAAUCAGUUAACCCCCCCCCCCACACACACACACUAAUAGUUUUCAGUAUCACCCAAUAUUAGUAUGCACAUAUCAGUGUGCUCAUCAAUGUGCUCCUACACAUGUGCUCAUAUAAGUGUGCUCACAUAGGAGCCAUAAUUAUCAAUACAUUGAUCGUGGGCCCUCAAUAUAUAGAAUAAGAAAAAGAUAUAGUGGUGCUUAUAUAAAGAUACCUUUAUAUCUAUCUAUCUCCGAAUACUCACAUUUGAUUCUGUUGUAUAGAUAUGUAUUGAGUACUUAGGAAUAAACGUUUCUACCCAAUAGUAUCGCUUGUUCACUCUAUAUUUCUUGUUAACUUAAUUAUAUACGGCACAUAAGUGGCUUCUUUUAUUAGAGGAGCUCCGUCUAGUGGCGUAAACCCGGGGAGGGCAUUGAUGUAAACCGCCUCUUCCUCAAGUAAAAACGAUAUAUUUGGCCGAAUAUGAGGCUCCUUAGUAUAUCGAAACAAGUGCCACCGGGGUGGAACAUGGUAACACCCCUCCAUACCCAACCAUCCUACCAGUGGCGACACCAUUAAUGUUAUAUAUGGCCUAGUACAGCGCAGGGUUAAUUUUUAAACUUCAACAUACAGCUAUUUUUGGCCACAACUACUUAGACUUGUCUCGGCCUUGAAAUUGACGCCACCGAGUGAAUGUGUUGUCACUUUCCCUGCCCACCCAUGUCCUGGCUGGGGAAGAGUCUGUUUACCUUCGAAUGCGUUCCAUUUGUUCUCAAGAACGUCAAUGGGUGACGAAAAUUCUAGAUUUUCUGUACUAGAACGUUUGGAUUUAAUUCAUAUAUAAAGCCCGCCAGAAAUCUUAGCAGACAGACUUACCAAGACUUACUGAGAGGUAGACUUACCAAGACUUACUGAGAGGUAGACUUACCAAGACUUACUGAGAGGUAGACUUACCAAGACUUACUGAGAGGUAGACUUACCAAGACUUACUGAGAGGUAGACUUACCAAGACUUACUGAGAGGUAGACUUACCAAGACUUACUGAGAGGUAGACUUACCAAGACUUACUGAGAGGUAGACUUACCAAGACUUACUGAGAGGUAGACUUAGCAAGACUUACUGAGAGGUAGACUUACCAAGACUUACUGAGAGGUAGACUUACCAAGACUUACUGAGAGGUAGACUUAGCAAGACUUACUGAGAGGUAGACUUAGCAAGACUUACUGAGAGGUAGACUUACCAAGACUUACUGAGAGGUAGACUUACCAAGACUUACUGAGAGGUAGACUUACCAAGACUUACUGAGAGGUAGACUUACCAAGACUUACUGAGAGGUAGACUUAGAAAGACUUACUGAGAGGUAGACUUAGCGAGACUUACUGAGAGGUAGACUUAGCGAGACUUAUGUAAAUUAAUAUUUCUUUUUUGAGGGUUGUACUUUUCCCCACUUGCUGUAAGUUAAUAUAACCUUUGCCUCUAUAUUCAACUUGAUAUACCCUUUGCCUCUAUAUCCAACUUGAUAUAACCUUUGCCUCUAUAUUCAACUUUGUCUUUGUAUGGAAAUUUACUUAAAUUAGUUGUUUUUUUACGUAUAGUUCGUAUAUACGAGCCACGUCUCAAAACAGAUUUAAUCUUUAUAACCAUAAUGGUACGUAACUAUUUUUAAUAUAUAUUACUUUUAUUUGCAUCAGGUGUGACAACUUCAAUACCGGGACAUCAAGAACAGACCACCAGGCGUGGUAUGGUGUCACUAACAGUUCUGUUGUAGCACAUACCAAAUGGAUUACAUCAAAGUGGAAGGCAGUAUCAUCUUGCCUGCUAAAGUCGACGGCUCACCGGAUGUGUUCCAGUGUCCUCAUUUCACCCUAGUCAAGCCCAGGUUUGAACACGUCUCAAAAUGUGGACCAUCACUUCCACUUCCAUUCUACUCUUCAGUCUCAUCCCCAUCCCACAUUUUCCACCCAAAAUUCUUACAACGUACAAUUCGCUCAUUAAUGCACAACAAAAUCAAUGCAUUAGAAGAUACAAAUGCAUAAAUGAGUGAGGUUCAGUUCCGAAUAGUUUGAUUGAAAUUUAAAUUCUUUUGUACAGGGCCGGCAUUAGCAAAUUUUGGCACCCUGGGGAGUUUUACAUUAUCGCGCCCCUAGCUUCUACAAAUGUUCAGGUUGGUAUUAGCUGUUAAUAAUUUUUAAAAAGUGCUGCUGGAGAAGACAAACUGGAAGCUGGUAUAUAGCGUCACGUGGAAGCUGGUAUAUAGCGUCACGUGGAAGCUGGUAUAUAGCGUCACGUGGAACCUGGUAUAUAGCGUCACGUGGAAGCUGGUAUAUAGCGUCAGUGGAAGCUGGUAUAUAGCGUCACGUAAAAGCUGGUAUAUUGUGUCACGUGGAAGCUGGUAUAUAGUGUAUAUAUAGUAUAUAUGCGCCGGGUGUGCGAAUACUCGGCAUUUCCGGGUAUCAGGGUCAGUACCGGCUCACCCCUCCUCCCCCAACUUAUUACAAGCCUCAAUUCUUUAUACAUCAUUUUAUCAACAACUUUGAAAUGUUUGGAAUCCCAUUCUCUCUCAUGUGAAGGGUCGCCUCCCAAGCUUUCAAUGCUAUGUUGAUGUGAGGGUUCGCCUGCCAAGCUUUCAAUGCUAUGUUGAUGUGAGGGUUCGCCUGCCAAGCUUUCUAUGCUAUGUUGAUUUGAGGGUUCGCCUGCCAAGCACAUGUUGAUUUUAGGGUUCGCCUGCCAAGCUUUCAAUGCUAUGUUGAUUUGAGGGUUCGCCUGCCAAGCUUUCAAAGCCAUGUUGAUUUGAGGGUUCGCCUGCCAAGCUUUCAAAGCCAUGUUGAUUUGAGGGUUCGCCUGCCAAGCUUUCAAAGCCAUGUUGAUUUGAGGGUUCGCCUGCCAAGCUUUCAAAGCCAUGUUGAUUUGAGGGUUCGCCUGCCAAGCUUUCAAUGCCAUGUUGAUUUGAGGGUUCGCCUGCCAAGCUUUCAAAGCCAUGUUGAUUUGAGGGUUCGCCUGCCAAGCUUUCAAAGCCAUGUUGAUUUGAGGGUUCGCCUGCCAAGCUUUCAAUGCUAUGUUGAUUUGAGGGUUCGCCUGCCAAGCUUUCAAAGCCAUGUUGAUUUGAGGGUUCGCCUGCCAAGCUUUCAAUGCCAUGUUGAUUUGAGGGUUCGCGUGCCAAGCUUUCAAAGCCAUGUUGAUUUGAAGGUUCGCCUGCCAAGCUUUCAAUGCUAUGUUGAUUUGAGGGUUCGCCUGCCAAGCUUUCAAAGCUAUGUUGACCCGCCCCUGAGCCGUCAUCAACAGUUGUUAAUUUGUAAUGUUGGUUUUCAAUUUGGUGGAAAAUUAUAUUUGUUUGUUGGCAGUUCAUGACUGGCGUUCUGAUAACUUCAAAAAGAUAAAGUUUAUCUGUUAGGCGUAACGCCACAUUCCUAAUAUCAGUUUCAUCCAGAGUUAUCCCACGUGUUUAUUAGAUGAUUGUCACACUUUGGAAUAACUGUCAAACAUUCGUAAUCCAGAGUUAUCCAACUUGUUUAUUACUCGGGAUUUAUGCUUAAAUUUUUGAUGUAUCUGUUCCAGUAUUAAACAUAAACUCGUCCCUCUCCCCCAUAGACAGCGACGAGGCCAUGACAGGCAAUUCAGGCGCAUACCGGCAAGAAGCCAGUAUAGGAGAUGCUCAUUCCUGCCCAAGACAAUCAGGGACGGGAACAAUCUUUCAAAAGGAACGGUUGAAGCGACACCACUAGACACAUUUGUGUCUAUUGCCUCAAGCAUCAAACCCCUAGUGCAUGAUUCCCUCACAAAGUGGCACUGGAAAUCAAUGAAAUUUCCUCAACACCAGGAACAGAAACAUUGCAAAUCCCAUUUACAUGCAUAGGAGCCAAAAUGAUAAAAUUGAUCGUGGGCCCUUAAGAUUUAGGAGAAGAUAUUGUCCUUUUUAUUCGGCUUUUUCUUGUUAUAGUUACCGCGCUCUCAGAAUAAAUGAAAAGCUGUAGUUCUCAACACCUCAUUUCCUUGGAUUUGUGAACUAAAUUUAAAACUGUAUUCCCGCCAAGCAUUCACCCGCUCGGCCCAAGGCUACAUCAGCGAAUAAGCUACUCGGCACACGGCUACAACAGCGAAUAAGCUACUCGACACACGGCUGCUUCAGCGAAUAAGCUACUCAGCAAACGGCUACAACAGCGAAUAAGCUACUCAGCACACGGCUACAUCAGCGAAUCAUCUACUCGGCACACGACUGCAUAAGCGAAUAAGCUACUCAGCACACGACUACAUCAGCGAAUAAGCUACUCUGCACAUGGCUACAUCAGCAAAUAAGCUUCUCGGCACAUGGCCAUAUCAGCGAAUAGGCUACUCGGCACAUGGCCAUAUCAGCGAAUAAGCUACUCGGCAAACAGCAACAUCAGCGAAUAAGCUACUGGGUACACGGCUACAUCAGCUAAUAAGCUACUCGGUACACGGCUACAUCAGCGAAUAAGCUACUCGGUACACGGCUACAUCAGUGAAUAAGCUACUCGGUACACGGCUACAACAGCUAAUAAGUUACUCGGUACACGGCUACAUCAGCGAAUAAGCUACUCGGUACACGGCUACAUCAGCUAAUAAGCUACUCGGUACACGGCUACAUCAGCGAAUAAGCUACUCGGUACACGGCUACAUCAGCUAAUAAGCUACUCGGUACACCCCUACAACCGCGAAUAAGCUACUCGGUACACGCCAACAUCACCACAUAAGCUACUCCGUACACGGCUACAUCAGCGAAUCAGCUACUCGGCACACGGCUACAUCAGCGAAUAAGCUACUCGGUACACGGCUACAUCAGUGAAUAAGCUACUCGGUACACGGCUACAACAGCUAAUAAGCUACUCGGUACACGGCUACAUCAGCGAAUAAGCUACUCGGUACACGGCUACAUCAGCUAAUAAGCUACUCGGUACACGGCUACAUCAGCGAAUAAGCUACUCGGCACAUGGCCACAUCAGCUAAUAAGCUACUCGGUACACGCCUACAUCAGCGAAUAAGCUACUCGGUACACGGCUACAUCAGCGAAUAAGCUACUCGGUACACGGCUACAUCAGCGAAUAAGCUACUCGGUACCCGCCUACAUCAGCGAAUUCUACUCUGCACAUGGCUACAUCAGCAAAUACGCUUCUCGGCACAUGGCCAUAUCAGCGAAUAGGCUACUCGGCACAUGGCCAUAUCAGCGAAUAAACUACUCGGCAAACAGCAACAUCAGCGAAUAAGCUACUCGGUACACGGCUACAUCAGCUAAUAAGCUACUCGGUACACAACUACAUCAGCUAAUAAGCUACUCGGUACACGGCUACAACAGCGAAUAAGCUACUCGGUACACGGCUACAACAGCGAAUAAGCUACUCGGUACACUACAAAAGCGAAUAAGCUACUCGGUACACGGCUAUAACAGCGAAUAAGUUACUCGUUACACGGCUACAACAGCGAAUAAGCUACUCGGUACACGGCUACAUCAGCUAAUAAGCUACUUGGUACACGGGUACAAUAGCUAAUAAGCUACUCGGUACACGGCUACAUCAGCUAAUAAGCUACUCGGUACACGGCUACAUCAGCUAAUAAGCUACUCGGUACACGACUACAUCAGCUAAUAAGCUACACGGUACACGGCUACAUCAGCUAAUAAGCUACUCGGUACACGGCUACAUCAGCGAAUAAGCUACUCGUUAUACGGCUACAUCAGCUAAUAAGCUACUCAGUACACGGCUACAUCAGCUAAUAAGCUACUCGGUACACGGCUACAUCAGCUAAUAAGCUACUCGGUACACGGCUACAUCAGCUAAUAAGCUACUCGGUACACGGCUACAUCAGCUAAUAAGCUACUCGGUACACGGCUACAUCAGCUAAUAAGCUACUCGGUAAACGGCUACAUCAGCUAAUAAGCUACUCGGUACACGGGUACAUCAGCUAAUAAGCUACUCGGUACACGGCUACGUCAGCUAAUAAGCUACUCGGUACACGGCUACAUCAGCGAAUAAGCUACUCGGCACAUGGCCACAUCAGCUAAUAAGCUACUCGGUACACGGCUACAUCAGCGAAUAAGCUACUCGGUACACGGCUACAUCAGCUAAUAAGCUACUCGGUACACAACUACAUCAGCUAAUAAGCUACUCGGUACACGGCUACAACCGCGAAUAAGCUACUCGGUACAUGGCUACAACAGCAAAUAAGCUACUCGGUACACUACAUCAGCGAAUAAGCUACUCGGUACACGGCUAUAACAGCGAAUAAGUUACUCGUUACACGGCUACAACAGCGAAUAAGCUACUCGGUACACGGCUACAUCAGCUAAUAAGCUACUCGGUACACGGCUACAUCAGCUAAUAAGCUACUUGGUACACGGCUACAUCAGCUAAUAAGCUACUCGGUACACGGCUAAAUCAGCGAAUAAGCUACUCGUUACACGGCUACAACAGCGAAUAAGCUACUCGGUACACGGCUAUAUCAGCUAAUAAGUUACUCGGUACACGACUACAUCAGCUAAUAAGCUACUCGGUACACGGCUACAUCAGCUAAUAAGCUACUCGGUACACGGCUACAUCAGCUAAUAAGCAACUCGGUACACGGCUACAUCAGCGAAUAAGCUACUCGGUACACGGCUACAACGGCGAAUAAGCUACUCGGUACACGGCUACAACAGCGAAUAAGCUACUCGGUACACGGCUACAACAGCGAAUAAGCUACUCGGUACACGGCUACAACAGCUAAUAAGCUACUCGGUACACGGCUACAUCAGCGAAUAAGCUACUCGGUACACGGCUACAACAGCUAAUACGCUACUCGGUACACGGCUACAUCAGCGAAUAAGCUACUCGGUACACGGCUACAACAGCUAAUACUCUACUCGGUAUACGGCUACAUCAGCGAAAAAGCUACUCGGCACAUGGCCACAUCAGCUAAUAAGCUACUCGGUACAAGGCUAAAUCAGCUAAUAAGCUACUCUGUACACGGCUAUAACAGCGAAUAAGCUACUCGGUACACGGCUACAUCAGCUAAUAAGCUACUCGGUACACGGCUACAACAGCGAAUAAGCUACUCGGUACACGGCUCCAUCAGUUAAUAAGCUACUCGGUACACGGCUACAUCAGCUAAUAAGCUACUCGGUACACGGCUACAUCAGCUAAUAAGCUACUCGGCACACGGCUACAUCAGCGAAUAAGCUACUCGGUACAUGGCUACACAGCUAAUAAGUUACUCGGUACACGACUACAUCAGCUAAUAAGCUACUCGGUACACGGCUACAUCAGCUAAUAAGCUACUCGGUAAACGGCUACAUCAGCUAAUAAGCAACUCGGUACACGGCUACAUCAGCGAAUAAGCUACUCGGUACACGGCUACAACGGCGAAUAAGCUACUCGGUACACGGCUACAACAGCGAAUAAACUACUCGGUACACGGCUACAACAGCGAAUAAGCUACACGGUACACGGCUACAACAGCUAAUAAGCUACUUCGCACACGGCUGCUUCAGCGAAUAAGCUACUCAGCACACGGCUACAACAGCGAAUAAGCUACUCAGCACACGGCUACAUCAGCGAAUCAUCUACUCGGCACACGACUGCAUCAGCGAAUAAGCUACUCAGCACACGACUACAUCAGCGAAUAAGCUACUCUGCACAUGGCUACAUCAGCAAAUACGCUUCUCGGCACAUGGCCAUAUCAGCGAAUAGGCUACUCGGCACAUGGCCAUAUCAGCGAAUAAACUACUCGGCAAACAGCAACAUCAGCGAAUAAUCUACUCGGUACACGGCUACAUGAGCGAAUAAGCUACUCUGUACACGGCUACAUCAGCGAAUAAGCUACUCGGUACACGGCUACAUCAGCGAAUAAGCUACUCUGUACACGGCUACAUCAGCGAAUAAGCUACUCGGCACACUGCAAUAUCAGCGAAUGAGCUACUCGCAGCAAAUAUUUAAAUUAUUGUCACGUUAUCAGUGGCUAAAAAAAGCCUAUGGAUAAAUUUAAUUAUGUCGUCUAAUGUUGCAAUUACAAAUAAUUGUAAUCAACGUUAUGUGUGAUGCUCCAUUGAGUUAUUUCAAUUAAUUACAUUUGUAAUACGCCAAUUUCAGUUUCAUAAACACUCCAAGCUGCACGUGCAUAGAAAACAAACACAUACCGCCAGCCACAACAGCAGUCUUUCCAUUAGAUUGAAAUAAUUUAAAUACCGUAAAUAACCACACGAAAACCACACGUGACAUCUACACAUGACAUCCACACAUGACAUCCACACAUGACAUAUACACAUGACAUUCAGACAUGGCAUCUACAAAUGACAGCAACACAUGACAUCCACACAUGACAUCCACACAUGACAUCCACACAUGACAUCCACACAUGACAUCUACACAUGACACCCACACAUGGCAUCCACACAUGACAUCCUUAUUAUCAAAACAACAACACAAUAACGCAGCCUUGAAUAAGAAUAAUAUACGAUUUAAAAACAACACCAGUCCACCAUACGUGUCCACCAGUCCACCAUACGUGUUUACCAGUCAACCAUAAGUGUCCACCAGUCCACCAUACGUGUUUACCAGUCAACCAUAAGUAUCCACCAGUCCACCAUACGUGUUUACCAGUCAACCAUAAGUGUCCACCAGUCCACCAUACGUGUUUACCAGUCAACCAUAAGUAUCCACCAGUCCACCAUACGUGUUUACCAGUCAACCAUAAGUGUCCACCAGUCCACCAUACGUGUUUACCAGUCAACCAUAAGUAUCCACCAGUCCACCAGAAGUGUUUACCAGUCCACCAUAAGUGUCCACCAGUCAACCAUAAGUGUCCACCAGUCCACCAUAAGUGUCCACCAGUCAACCAUAAGUGUCCACCAGUCCACCAUAAGUGUUUACCAGUCAACCAUAAGUGUCCACCAGUCAACCAUAAGUGUUUACCAGUCAACCAUAAGUAUCCACCAGUCCACCAUUAGUGUCCACCAGUCCACCAUAAGUGUUUACCAGUCAACCAUAAGUAUCCACCAGUCCACCAUAAGUGUUUACCAGUCAACCAUAAGUAUCCACCAGUCCACCAUUAAUGUCCACCAGUCCACCAUAAGUAUCCACCAGUCCACCAUAAAUGUUUACCAGUCAACCAUAAGUAUCCACCAGUCCACCAUAAGUGUUUACCAGUCAACCAUAAGUAUCCAUCAGUCCACCAGAAGUGUUUACCAGUCAACCAUAAGUAUCCAUCAGUCCACCAGAAGUGUUUACCAGUCAACCAUUAGUGUCCAUCAUUUCACCGUAAGAGUCCAUCAUUUCACCGUAAGUGUCCGUCAGACCACCGUAAGUGUCCAUCAGUCCAUAAUUCAUGUUCGAUUUCUUUGGGUCACAUAAGUGGCCCAUGUGAAACUUGUGCCAGUAACCCGUUAAGCUAGAUGUUGUGUUGCUCACUCUACAGCUGGGUGCCCGAUGGACAGUCCAGUUACUGUGAGUUGUGUUCCAUCAAAUUCACUCAGCUCAAGCGACGUCAUCACUGUCGUAUGUGUGGAGCUGUCAGGUGUUCCAAAUGUUGUGGUAAUAAGGUCAGAAAACAAUGUUGGGCACAGAUUUAUAUUGCGUCACUACAAAGCAACACAAACUACAAUUAUUUUUACGCUAAGACUUGAUGUGAGAGUGUUUUAUUUUUUGUUGGUGUUACUUCAUCCUAAAAAUCUAGCAACACAUCACAGAAAUUUAGCAACACAUCACAUAAAUCUAGCAACACAUCACAUAAAUCUAGCACAAAUCCACAUAAAUCUAGCAACACAUCACAGAAAUCUAGCACAAAUCCACAUAAAUCUAGCAACACAUCACAGAAAUCUAGCAACACAUCACAUAAAUCUAGCAACACAUCACAUAAAUCUAGCAACACAUCACAUACAUCUAGCAACACAUCACAUAAAUCUAGCAACACAUCACAUAAAUCUAGCAACACAUCACAGAAAUCUAGCACAAAUCCACAUAAAUCUAGCAACACAUCACAUAAAUCUAGCAACACAUCACAUAAAUCUAGCAACACAUCACAGAAAUUUAGCAACACAUCACAUAAAUCUAGCAACACAUCACAGAAAUCUAGCACAAAUCCACAUAAAUCUAGCAAGACAUCCCAGAAACCUAGCAACAGAUCUAAGAAAUCUAGCGACACUUUACAGAAAUCUAUCAACACAUCACAUAAAUCUAGCAACACAUCACAGAAAUCUAGCAGCACAUCUCAUAAAUCUAGCAACACAUCACAUACAUCUAGCAACACAUCCACAUAAAUCUAGCAAGACAUCUCAGAAACCUAGCAACGGAUCUAAGAAAUCUAGCGACACAUUACAGAAAUCUAUCAACACAUCACAGAAAUCUAGCAACAUAUCACAUAAAUCUAGCAACACAUCUCAGAAAUCUAGCAAAAGAUGUAAGAAAUCUAGCAACACAUCACAGAAAUCUAGCAACAGAUGUAAGAAAUCUAGCAACACAUCACAGAAAUCUAGCAACAUAUCACAUAAAUCUAGCAACACAUCACAUAAAUCUAGCUACAUUUCAGAAACCUAGCAACAGAUCUAAGAAAUCUAGCGACACAUUACAGAAAUCUAUCAAACAUCACAGAAAUCUAUCAACAUAUCACAUAAAUCUAGCAACACAUCUCAGAAAUCUAGCAACAGAUGUAAGAAAUCUAGCAACACAUUUCAGAAAUGUAGCAACACAUCUCAGAAAUUCAUCUUUCAGAUACCAUAAAACCUUCAUAUAAGCAGACAUUAAAUAAUUCUUAGUAUUUUAUUUCCUCUCCUUUAAGGUAUGAUAUAUAUAUAUAUAUAAAUGUAAUUUUAAUUGAUACUUAUGUGAAUGUUUUUUUUUGUUGUUGUUGCACCCAUGAAGGCAUUUUCCAAAACGUUUCCAUUGUAUUCCAUGUAACUAUGAUUAAAACUUAACCUAAACCGUUCUAUUUACACACAUUUUAUGCGUCUCAAUAAUCUACUUGAAAGCUUUAUUGCAGUCAAACACUUUUAAUUAGUUCAUUAUCCUUCAGUUUCUAUUAAAAAAUAUAUUACCGUGUUUUAAAUUGCUCUCUCAAUUAUUUCUGUUAUUGUUGAUCUAAUUACUUCAUUGCAUCCCCAUUUCUCUUAUUACUUUUUAAACGUAUAUUCUUAUUGUUUCUCUCCCCCUUCCCCCUCUAAGAUUCCUUUACCUCAGCUUGGCAUCGAGGAGGCUGAGAGGGUGUGUGAGUCGUGCAGGACCGUCGCUGAGUUGAUCGCAAAGUCAAGGUCCACAGUUGAUGUAAGGAUGUCUAGCUUUCUUUAGUACACAUUUUGAAGUCCUUUUAAAAAAAAAAUUAACUUCGCUUUUGUUUCAGUGUUUCUUUCUUUCUUUGUGGCACAAUCUUCGUAAAGCUAAUUGACCCACUUCCCGCCAUCCUAUCAAGUUGAAACUUGGCACACAGACUCGUUGCCGAUAGAAAGAUGUUCCUAAUUUUUUAUUUUAAACACGAGAAUUCUUCUUUUGAACAUAUCUUAGGUAUAUUAGGUCUUACAUGCAGUAAGUUUGAUAACAACCAUUCACAUGAAAAAAUACGUCCUAAAAGAUCAACCACGUACAGUGACAUGAAAGAACAGAACAAUGCAAAUAAAGGAUGUUGGCCAAAAACUUUGAAGUUAGGCGUUAUUUCUUUAGCAUUCAAUUAAUUAGGUUCUACAAUUAAUUAGGUUCUACAAUUCAAUAGGUUCUUUAAUUAAUUAUGUUCUACAAUUAAUUAGGUUCUUUAAUUAAUUAGGUUCUACAAUUAAUUAAGUUCUACAAUUAAUAAGGUUCUAUAAUAUGAAUUAGGCUCUACAAUUAAUUAGGUUCUUUAAUUAAUUAGGUUCUACAAUUAAUUAAGUUCUACAAUUAAUAAUGUUCUAUAAUAUGAAUUUGGCUCUACAAUUAAUUAGGUUCUUUAAUUAAUUAGGCUCUACAAUUAAUAAGGUUCUUUAAUUAAUUGACGAGUACAAUUAAUUAGGUUCUAUACAAUUAAUUGAGUUCUACAAUUAAUUGAGUUCUACAAUUAAUUGAGUUCUACAAUGAAUUGAGUUCUACAAUUAAUUGAGUUCUACAAUUAAUUAAGUUCUACAAUUAAUUGAGUUCUACAAUUAAUUAUAUAUAUACUAUGAAUUAGGUUCUACAAUUAAUUAGGUUCUACAAUUAACUAGGUUCUACAAUUAAUUAGUUUCUACAAUUAAUUAGGUUCUACAAUUAAUUAGGUUCUCUAUUUAAUCGCAGCAAGUAAUUUGACAAAAACAAAACAACGUGCUAAUUAAUGAAAGUCAAUUUUAAAAAAUUGUUCUCCAUCCUUUUAAGAACAUACAGAUGAUCUGCCCCACUCACCCCAUAGGUCAAGGCUAGCACAUGCCCAUAGGUCAGGAUCUUCCGGGAAUGUAAACAAGUGAAACAAUGUUAUCAAUUUGAUGACCCGGUACUGUCAAUGAGCCACCGAGAGUGAGCUAUUCAAAGUGACCCGUUCAAAGUGUCCAGUCCAAAGUGCAUGCUUAUUAGAUUACCUUUGACUUAGAGUACAUAUAAAUAUGACAUCCUUCCGUCUUCGCGAGACGAUGCAGUUGCUAUGGACACUUCAUCAAAUGGCUUACUAGGCCGAUCCUCGAAUGGCAACCUUGGCUGCAUUUCUCGCAGGAGAACCUUGAUUCCUGGUUAAAUUUGGCCUUCCGUAUGUCUCCUUUUGUUGCAAGGGUAUCGUUCCGCGCAUCUUCUGCCUUUUUUAAUUCCUUCACACACUGGAACGUUGCUCAGUGAUGAUGGCCCAUUCGUUGAUUUUUAUGUUGGUUUUCUUCUUGCUUCUUUUGCAAACGUCCUUAAAUUGCAGCCGUGGCCGUCCAAUAAGACUUCACACUUCUGCCAAUUCUCCAUAUAUCAGAUCCUUUAGAAUGCGGCCUUCCUCCAUUCUCCUCACAUGGCCUAAUGAGCGAAGGCGCCUUUUGCUCAGAGCUGAGAAUAUGCUACACAUUUAUGCACGCCCCAAAACCUCGUUAAGUACAUAGUUUACUUUAAAAAGAGUCGAAUAAUUUCUUGCUUUAUUUUCCUAUCUCCCCAGAACUUUCUCAUUGAUGCUGCCAAAGGACUUUCCUCAUUCGCCAGACACGAAAAACACAUCAAGAAAGUGAGCAAGCGUUUGCAUGGUUUAAACUGAUCAAAAUUUUCCCCAUUAGUUACAGGUGUAUUAUGAAGGUGUUAUUUUCAAUUAUGUGCCAUCGUGGGUCAACACUCAAGGAAGUAAAAACUAAAACAAGCAAACGGACAGCGGUCAUCGGCUGUCAUCACUGGCCACCAGCGGCCACCGGCGGUCAUGCUGUUUCAUUAAGAUUUCACUAAAAGCAAAACAGUUUAAAAAAUGUCUCAAUUAAAAAAAAUAUAUAUAUAAAUGAAAACUAUAAUUCGAUGGAAAUUUUGAAAAAAUAUAAAAUCUUUUAAUUCAGUGUUAAAGAAUAAAAAUUGACAUAUUUAUAGUUGUAUAAAAUAUAUUAAAUUAUUGACACAUUUUAUCAUUUGGUAUUCCAUACUCUCUACCCACUGAUGCAUGCAGUUAGUUGAACUGGGCGGGAUGCAAGCGCUGAUAGCUUUAGCUUCUACAGAUGCAGUCACUGUAUUGGUAAGUUCUCUCCCCCUUUUCCUUGAUACUUUUCCCGAUAAGAAAUGGAAUCACUCACUUCAGCACUUGGAUGAAAUCAUUUACCCGUCGCAUUUUUUGGAAGCCAUUUCUCUCUCAUUUCAUUGAUCUUAAAAUAUGUUACUAAUAACUUUCUAAUACAUAUCAUGUUACUGAUAACUUUCUUACAAAUAUCGAGUUACGUUUCUGACAGCACAUAUGUCUCAACACAACAUGAGUUCACAACGGUCACUCUAACCUCUCCUUCUCAACACUUUGAACACUACGUGAGGUACUACGCUACCAGAACACUGAGCAACACGCUUCUCGUGUUCACACACCAUAUAUGCCUCAUCCCAUGUUAAUAUCCUUCAUCUUUCACCAAUCCCACGCGGACAUAAGAAUGCAACUACAAAUAAACGACAAAAAUAAAGUUGACCAUAGAUACAGUGAUUCUCAUACUUUAUCAUGAACCCAUUUCUCUCUUAUUUGGUUUAACCCAGUUCUCUCGCAUCAGGUGUAACCCACAUCUCUCUUACUUGUUACUCUCUGACGCAGAGUCCUGUGAUUUCCGGCCUUCAAGCGUUGUCCAAUCACACAGCACUUCAUAAUCACCUGGCCGAGGCUGGGGCCAUCAAAGCCAUCUGCAAGUAAGAUUUUAUCAAAACAUAUUUCACGUCCAGUCCUUGUUUUAAUUUUAACUGAGAUAAAUACAUGGUAUCUAUAGUUACCCGAUGCAAAAAUGAAAAAAAAAAAGGAGGACAUUUCAUAUUAAAAAAGGACUGGAAAGGAGGACAUUUUUAUUUAGAAAAUAUGACAUUUCAAAAUAAAAACAAAUUAAAUUAUAAACGAUUCUGAAAUAAACCAAUAAAAGUUAACACCAUUAAGAUCAUUGUAUAGUAUACCUUUGAUACUAAUGAGGUAUUGAACCAUAAAACUUAGAGGUAAUGAUUUUUUAUAACAUUCUAAAGAGGUAGCUAUACAAAUUCUAGAAUGCCAUAUACUUGAAAUUGUAUUAUGUUUGUAUCAGUGCCUUCACUGACUCCACUUGCGUUUGUAUCAUUGCCUUCACUGACUCCACUUGUGUUUGUAUCAUUGCCAUCACUGCGUCUACAUCUGAUCUACUCCGCUCAUCGGUCCACUGAAUCUUUAUUUGUGAAAAAAACAAACAAAUCCUCUUUGCGUUUUCAGCAGGAAUGCAAAAUUAAAAUGUAAAAACUGUCAGUCAUUAUGUAUAAACAAAAAAAAAUUACGAGAAAAGAUUUGAAAAGAACCGCCCAUAGUCCAUGCCACAGAACAUCUCCGAAGAGCUUAAUCCAUUAGUCUUCAGAUUAGAGGAUAGACAUCCUGUUGCAAUAUUGUCCUACAGUUUGACGUCAUCAAUGAUAACCCAUCUUUUUACCAGAAUCCAAUCUUCGUAUUUGUUCUUAUUGUGUUAUUUUCAGUGAAGUAAUUUUCGUGAACUACAUGAAUUGUUUUUAAUACUUGUGUGUUAGUGAGCUAUUGGGUACAGCGGUGAAGGAAUAGCGUACAUAGAGUUAGUGGGUACAGCGGUGAAGAAAUAGCGUACAUAGAGUUAUUGGGUACAGCGGUGAAGAAAUAGCGUACAUAGAGUUAUUGGGUACAGCGGUGAAGACAUAGCGUACAUAGAGUUAUUGGGUACAGCGGUGAAGAAAUAGCGUACAUAGAGUUAUUGGAUACAACGGGGAAGGGACAGGGUACAUCGAUUUAUUGAACACAUUGCUAAAGAAAUAACACACCGGUCCAUGUCGUGAAGUUGAAACAAUACUUUUUAUUUUCAUACAGUACACGCAUUUAAAACAAGAAAACAUUUUUAAGGUUGAUGUAGGACAAUUUUUAAUUAAAGAAUCAGCCGCGUCCUUGUUUUGUCAGCCUUAGGUAACCCUUAGUGUAAUGCAACAUGCAUGUUUUCGUCUUCUUCUUCUAUAUCUUAAGGGCCACGAUCAAUUUAUUGAUCAUUUUGGCUCCUAUGCAUGUAGAUGGGAUUUGUAAUGUUUCUGUGCCUGGUGUUGAUGAGGACAUUUCACUGAUUUCCAGUGCCACUUUGUGAGGGAAUCAUGCACUAGGGGUUUGAUGGCGUGAGGCAAUAGACACACAUGAGUCUAGUGUUGUAAGCUUUAGUAAAACGGGUAAAAAAAUACAAUUGAGUUGUACACUGGUCUAAAUAGCAAUGUACUCUACUCUAGAAUACUGAGCAAUGUUGGAGAUCACAAUGAGCAGAUAGCCGUCGACGGUAUCAAUGCACUCAGGGUCUUCUGCAAAUCGGCCAAUUUCAAAACAAAAGGUACUUUGAAUUAUCCCACGUCAAAAUAAGACAAAUAAUUUCAGCUUAUUCUUUCUUAGUCUCCGAAUGAAUUUAAUUUGUUUUUAUAAAUUAAAAAUGAACAACAACAAAUUAUUAAAAACGGUUCAACGGUUGUUAUUUUAAAUUUCAGCACUGAAUGAUGGGGGGCUACAACCCGUGUUGUCUCUGUGCUGGUCCAAGAACGACGUUAUCGCCCUUUUGUCUAUCAGCACGCUGGGCCUGAUCGCCGAACACUUGGGUACUCACCCGGCGAUAUUCGACAGCAAGCACAGCACAGUACCACGGCUGUUGGACUUGGCAUUGUCCCCGGAUGAAAAGGUUGGGGAUUUUGUCAUCUCUUUACUGGUAUGGGGGGGGGGUUGGGGAGGGGGGCGAAUUCGGGAAUCCAGAAAAGGGAGGGACGAGGUUGGUACCACAGUCGUUCACACUUGGAUCACUAUUCACUUUGUUUGGCGCCUGGGGAUUUUGUCAUCUCUUUACUGGUAUGGGGGGGGGGGGUUGGGGAGGGGGGCGAAUUCGGGAAUCCAGAAAAGGGAGGGACGAGGUUGGUACCACAGUCGUUCACACUUGGAUCACUAUUCACUUUGUUUGGCGCCACAGUCGUUCACACUUGGAUCACCGUGUUGUUUUAUCUUAAAAUGUCAAUAACAAUACAAUAAUGGUUAUGUCAUGUCAGAGUUAUAGCGCUGUCCUGGUAGGCUCUUAAAAUACCUUAGAAACAAAACUCAUGAAACGGUCAACAUCUAAGGCUACAAGCUAUGCCCGGUUGUGUGAGAUGGUCAGUCAUGUGAGGUGUUGAGAUAUGUCAGGUGGUUAGUUGUGUGAGGUGUUGAGAUAUGUGAGGUGCUCAGUUGUGUGAGGUGUUGAAAUAUGUGAGGUGUGAGAUAUGUGAGGUGGUCAGCUAUGUGAGGUGCUCAGUCAUGUGAGGUGUUGAGAUAUGUGUGGUGGUGAGAUAUGUGAGGCAUUCAGCUAUGUGAGGUGCUCAGUCAUGUGAGGUGUUGAGAUAUGUGAGGUGGUGAGAUAUGUGAGGUGUUGAAAUAUGUGAGGUGGUGAGAUAUGUGGGGUGGUCAGCAAUGUGAGGUGGUCAGUUGUGUGAGGUGUUGAAAUAUGUGAGGUGGUCAGUUUGUGUGAGGUGGUGAGAUAUGUGAGGUGGUCAGCAAUGUGAGGUGGUCAGUUGUGUGAGGUGUUGAAAUAUGUGUGGUGGUCAGUUGUGUGAGGUGGUGAGAUAUGUGAGGUGGUCAGCAAUGUGAGGUGCAAGUUGUGUGAGGUGUUGAGAUAUGUGAGGUGGUCAGCUAUGUGAGGUGGUCAGCAAUGUGAGGUGCUCAGCUAUGUGAGGUGGUCAGCAAUGUGAGGUGGUCAGUUGCGUGAGGUGGUGAGUUAUUUGUGGUGGUCAGGUAUGUGAGAUGGUCAGCAAAGGAGGUGGUGAGGUAGCAAGGUGGUCAGCUAUGUGAAGUGAUCACUUAUGUGGGGUGGUCAGCUACAUGAGGUGUUGAGGUAGUGAGGUGGUCAGCUACAGGAGGUGGUGAGGUGGUCAGCUAUGUGAAGUGAUCACUUAUGUGGGGUGGUCAGCUACAUGAGGUGGUUAGGUAGCGAGGUGGUCAGCUACAGGAGAUGGUGAGGUAGUGAGGUGGUCAGCUACAGGAGGUGGUGAGGUGUGCCCUGUGGUGAUUGUCAAUGGCAUGACGUUCUCACUCGCUAGUCAGAAAAUAAUCCAAUUAUAAUUUUGAAUGUUAUAAAAUACAUACCAAAGUAUGUAUGACAUAUCCAUUAUGUUAUCAAUGUAUGUAUGACAUUUCCCUUAUGUUAUCAAAGUACGUAUGAAAUAUCCAUUCAAAGCAAACUUUAUCGUUGCCCAACAGACGCAGGAGGUCGCCCUCAAAGUCCUGGCCAUUUUGUCCACGGGGACACCGCAACACAAACACAGGCUUGUACAGGUAGCUCUCUUUACAAACCGUUUCAUUAUAUUUCUGGACGUGUACAGGGAGGAUACACUUGUACAAGUAUGGCGCACUUGUACAUUUACAGUGCACUUGUACAACUAUGGCGCACUUGUACAUUUACAGUGCACUUGUACAACUAUGGUGCACUUGUACAUUUACAGUGCACUUGUACAAGUAUGGCGCACUUGUACAAGUAUGGUGUCCCUGGACACGUGUAAGCACUUGUUCAGACACGAUUCACUUGUACAUGUACAGGAGGUGGUGAGGUAGCGAGGUGGUCAGCUAUGUGAAGUGCUCACUUAUGUGGGGUGUACAUGUAUGAUACCCUUGUACAGGUAUGUACAGUUAUAUGAAUUGUUUUUAAAAGGUAUUUUACAUACAUUAUUUUUUCCGAUUUUGUGAGUAGCGAUUAUUUGUUAAUGUCUCAGAGAAUAUACAAAAAUUCAACUUAAAGAUCACAUGUAUAAGCUACUCUAUGUAUUUGAGUAAUUCCAUCAGAAUGUCUUAAAUAUUUCAAAUGUCUCUUGUCAUUACACACAUUUCUUUGGGAUUGAAAUACUGUUUCAAAAAAGAAUAUCUUCAACAAACAGUUUUUAGUAACGUUCAAAUCUGAAAUUAUUUAUUUGUAUCUUUUCCAGCUUGAUAGAACAGACUUUGUUGUCUUUAAAUAUCAGCUCUUAUCACGUAUGGACGUCUUGGACCUGUAUAUGUAAUAUAUCUAACGUGAGCUGACAUCAAAUAAAUACAGGAAUCUCAUUAAACUGGUACAGGCCUGUCUUAAUGUGCUGAAGCCAAUCUGAAAAAAUACUACCAAUACACUGACAGCAGCCCCUUAGAGAAAGAACUCUUUCAUUUUCUGUUAAGUUCCAAAGCCUUUUUUUUUAAUUUUAAAUUUUAAAACUCUUGUAGGAUGACGUCAACUCAGGACGAUGCUUGCAUAAAGUGUUAGAGAGUAAUCCAACCAACCCGCAGAUACUGUGUAAUGUCGCCUGCUUGGUGGGAAAUCUGGCAACAAACAUGGAAGACCAGGUUCAUAACCUUUGAGUGAUACAUUGACAAAAAGUUUCGCAAACUAUCUUUUUAUUUAAUCAAAUAUAGUAAUUUUAAUUCAUCAAAGUGACCGUAUAUAUUUGUAUGAAAAUGUGUAUUGUAUGUGAACAUUUUGUGAACAGAUUAUAAUAUACCAUUAAACCUCGCCUCAACAUUUACAAAAUAAAAAUAAUAUUUGAUUCAAAUGAAGUUUAAUCGGUACUCCAAUUUUUUAUAUUGUUCCCUGAUUUCAGCUCCGAAUUUAGAUUUCCAUAAAUUUUGUCAAAUAAUUAUUCCAACACCCUGUGGUAAAUGGCGAAAAAAUCGGAAUAUUUCAAAAUGACUGGCUAAGUUGAGCGCUAAAUUCAUUUGUCCUACGAAAUAUUAUCUCAUGUUUAUGUCAAAAUUAAUACAAAAAAAAUAAAAUAAAUAAAUUAGGGUUUAAGCCUUGAGAUAUUUUUGGAUACACAGAAAGAUCUUUUUGAAUAAAAGGACAUUCAGCUAGAUCUCUUUGAAUCAAAGGACAUUCAGCUAGAUCUCUUUGAAUCAAAGGACAUUCAGCUAGAUCUCUUUGAAUCAAAGGACAUUCAGAUAGAUCUCUUUGAAUCAAAGGACAUUCAGAUAGAUCUCUUUGAAUCAAAGGACAUUCAGCUAGAUCUCUUUGAAUCAAAUGACAUUCAGAUAGAUAUCUUUGAAUCAAAGGACAUUCAGCUAGAUCUCUUUGAAUCAAAGGACAUUCAGCUAGAUCUCUUUGAAUCAAAGGACAUUCAGCUUGAUCUCUUUGAAUCAAAGGACAUUCAGAUAGAUCUAUUUGAAUCAAAGGACAUUCAGCUAGAUCUCUUUGAAUCAAAGGACAUUCAGCUUGAUCUCUUUGAAUCAAAGGACAUUCAGAUAGAUCUAUUUGAAUCAAAGGACAUUCAGCUAGAUCUCUUUGAAUCAAAGGACAUUCAGAUAUUAUUGAAUCAAAGGACAUUCAGAUAGAUCUAUUUGAAUAAAAAGGCAUUCAGCUAGAUCUAUUUGAAUCAAAGGACAUUCAGAUAGAUCUCUUUGAAUCAAAGGACAUUCAGAUAGAUCUCUUUGAAUCAAAGGACAUUCAGAUAGAUCUCUUUGAAUCAAAGGACAUUCAGAUAGAUCUCUUUGAAUCAAAGGACAUUCAGAUAGAUCUCUUUGAAUCAAAGGACAUUCAGCUAGAUCUCUUUGAAUCAAAGGACAUUCAGAUAGAUCUCUUUGAAUCAAAGGACAUUCAGAUAGAUCUCUUUGAAUCAAAGGACAUUCAGCUAGAUCUCUUUGAAUCAAAGGACAUUCAGAUAGAUAUCUUUGAAUCAAAGGACAUUCAGCUAGAUCUCUUUGAAUCAAAGGACAUUCAGCUAGAUCUCUUUGAAUCAAAGGACAUUCAGCUAGAUCUCUUUGAAUCAAAGGACAUUCAGAUAGAUCUAUUUGAAUCAAAGGACAUUCAGCUAGAUCUCUUUGAAUCAAAGGACAUUCAGAUAGAUCUAUUUGAAUCAAAGGACAUUCAGCUAGAUCUCUUUGAAUCAAAGGACAUUCAGAUAGAUCUCUUUGAAUCAAAGGACAUUCAGCUAGAUCUAUUUGAAUCAAAGGACAUUCAGAUAGAUCUCUUUAAAUCAAAGGACAUUCAGAUAGAUCUCUUUGAAUAAAAAGGCAUUCAGCUAGAUCUAUUUGAAUCAAAGGACAUUCAGAUAGAUCUCUUUGAAUCAAAGGACAUUCAGAUAGAUCUCUUUGAAUCAAAGGACAUUCAGAUAGAUCUAUUUGAAUCAUAGGACAUUCAGAUAGAUCUCUUUGAAUCAAAGGACAUUCAGAUAGAUCUCUUUGAAUCAAAGGACAUUCAGAUAGAUCUCUUUGAAUAAAAAGGCAUUCAGCUAGAUCUAUUUGAAUCAAAGGACAUUCAGAUAUUAUUGAAUCAAAGGACAUUCAGAUAGAUCUAUUUGAAUAAAAAGGCAUUCAGCUAGAUCUAUUUGAAUCAAAGGACAUUCAGAUAUUAUUGAAUCAAAGGACAUUCAUAUAGAUCUAUUUGAAUAAAAAGGCAUUCAGCUAGAUCUAUUUGAAUCAAAGGACAUUCAGAUAGAUCUCUUUGAAUCAAAGGACAUUCAGAUAGAUCUCUUUGAAUCAAAGGACAUUCAGAUAGAUCUCUUUGAAUAAAAAGGCAUUCAGCUAGAUCUAUUUGAAUCAAAGGACAUUCAGAUAUUAUUGAAUCAAAGGACAUUCAGAUAGAUCUAUUUGAAUAAAAAGGCAUUCAGAUAGAUCUAUUUGAAUCAAAGGACAUUCAGAUAUUAUUGAAUCAAAGGACAUUCAGAAAGAUCUAUUUGAAUCAAAGGACAUUCAGAUAUUAUUGAAUCAAAGGACAUUAAGAUAGAUCUAUUUGAAUCAAAGGACAUUCAGAUAUUAUUGAAUCAAAGGACAUUCAGAUAGAUAUAUUUGAAUCAAAGGACAUUCAGCUAGAUCUCUUUGAAUCAAAGGACAUUCAGAUAGAUCUCUUUGAAUCAAAGGACAUUCAGAUAUUAUUGAAUCAAAGGACAUUCAGAUAGAUCUCUUUGAAUCAAAGGACAUUCAGAUAUUAUUGAAUCAAAGGACAUUCAGAUAGAUCUCUUUGAAUCAAAGGACAUUCAGGUAGAUCUCUUUGGAUCAAAGGACAUCCAACGUUUUUUACAGGAAAUGAUAUAGUUGAUAAACAAUUGAGACUCUAUUGAUGAUAGAUGUAUUGAUCUAUUCUAGAAAGUUAAUACAAAGUUGAAACUGUUUAUGACGUAUUUCAGGGAGCUCUCCAAGACCUGAUGCACGGCUGUUACCGGAAGUUGUCGUCUGCUGAGAGUAAGCUGGAGUUACUGUGUCACUUGACACGGGCGUUGGCCAACUUUGCUGUACACAAACCCAAUGUCAGUCAUUUGGUGAGUCGGUCAGUCAUUUGGUGAGUCUGUCAGUCAUUUGGUGAGCCUGUCAGUCAUUUAGUAAGUCUGUCAGUCAUUUGGUGAGCCUGUCAGUCAUUUGGUGAGCCUGAUAAUCAUUUGGUGAGUCUGUCAGUCAUUUGUUGAGCCUGUCAGUCAUUCAGUGAGUCUGUAAGUCAUUUGGUGAGUUUGUCAGUCAUUUGGUGAGUCUGUCAGUCGUUCGGUGAGUCUGACAGCUAUUUGAUGAGUCUGUCAGUCAUUUUGUGAGACCUUCAGUCAUUUCACAAACACACACACACACACACACGAAUACACACACACGAAUACACACACACAAAUACGCGUGCAUACAUGUAUACAUAAGCACAGGGGCGGAACUAGACAUUAAUCGGCCAGAUCAAUUUUAAAUGAAUCGGGCUCCAGGAACUCGUUGACACAUUUUGGGGAAAGUUUUGAAUAAGCUCGGGGUCCAGGUAUACAUGAUUUCCUAACUUUAUAAAAAUUAUAUUAGCUUUAAAAAAUUUACUGGGGUGGGGUAAUAGUAUUUCAAAAGUUAAAAUAGUCUCUAAAAUAAAAAAAAAAUUGUAAAAAAAAUUGUAAGGAAAAAACCUAAAUAAGUGAUUAGAAAAGUAAUAUUGAAAAAUUAUUUAUGAUAUUUCCUAUCCACAAUUUGUUGCUCAGAUUCACCAGGCCAUCUAUGGUGGAGUCAGUCAAUUUUUAAAUCCAUGUAUGGAAGAGUCAGUCAAUUUUUAUAAUGAGUACAAAGUACUCAAUGUUGAGUCUGUCAAUAUCUAUACCAAGUACAAAGUACUAAUUGUUGCAUACAUUUUAACUUGAAAGUUUGACCACCUUAAUCAUCUGACCAGUGGCUGAUUUGGGGCAAGGGAUCACUUUGCCCCCCAUCACGGCAAUAGUUAUCAGAGGCAAACACGAGCUAUACAAUUUUAGUUUAGAAGAGAAACUUCAACCAUUAUGUGAGAACCACUGUCGUUUUAUCUGAAUGACAAGUAGAUAGAAUGCAGUCUAUGUUUUCCCGUCAGACUUUUGCCGUACCAGACGUUGUCAAGUACUGCUUGAAAUCUUCAGUGGCGCCUGUGCAGGCACAGAGCAUGAGGCUGCUCUUGACGCUCCUCGGACACGCCCCUGCCAGGGUUUCUUCGCUGUUAAUAAGGUAAGAUAGUUACAGACCCGAACAGCAAGGCGACCAUUGUUUGGUUGUUUGAGCGAGUUCAUGUCGGCCUUCCAUAGUUCGCCCAUAUCUGACAGCUUAAGGAUGUUAUUUGUUCACUAUGAUUAGAGUACACAAAUCCCCAUCUCUCGGACUGACAAUCCUAUUAUACACUAUCCAAGUUUAUUUCCUACAUUUUACCCCAUUUGUUAUCCACACAAAGCCAACUGGAUGGUGGAUACUCCGUUAUGAGCCACUUGCUUUAGUUUCCGCGGCCACUGAAAUGACAUUCUGACACAGGUCUUUAUGGCCCACAAGUCAUUGUGGUCCACUUCCCGCUGAGUACAGCUACGAAGCGGCCCGCCUGGUAUCAUUAGACCCUAAAGGUCAGGCGACCCUGUAUAUAGCUUUUGAGGAAGGGAGUUUGUUGGGAAACCUAUACGGGUUCCAGUGGUCUUUACCGACUGCGUACCCUUAGUGUCUCCCGAUUCCCACAUAAUGGGUCUGACUAGAGACCUAACAAUCGGUAUGUGAGACAUUUUAAAAAGUAAUAAUUUAUGUAUAAUAGAUAUUUGUUUACUAUUGAUUUGUCACACUUUUUCUCUCUCUCCAUCUCUAUCUCUGUAGCGAGGGGACACUGGCUUUUCUCACCAACCUCGGCGGACUUCCUGGUUUCAUUGAUGCUGUGCACACAUCUCUGGCUAAUGAUGCACCUUCCAUCGCUAAGCCACUUUAACCACUUCCGGUUUCAUACCACUGGACACAACCAUCCGACUUAUCUCCCCUGGCGUUUUGCUGAAACAUUUUGCAACUGCCUCCUAGCGUAGGCGGCUCCACAAUGUUGGGACAAAUGGGCACUUUAUUUUGAAGGGCGCAAUUGAUUACGAAGGGCGUGACUGUUAGAGAAAUACGGACAUGUUUCAUCAAAAUGAAAAUUAUUUGAUUAUAUUGUCCAAAAUAUGUUUAAAAAAAGCAAAGAUUAAAAAGAUGGUUUUCGAUAUAUAGUUUUAUAUAUUUUACGGAGAAACAAAUUGUUUAUAAUAUAUUUUUGUGUCCAAAUUCUUGUAAUUUUCGUUAUUAUUCGCCCUCACUUGGAGAUAAAUCCAAUUCAAAGGGUAAAAGCUGUAAAAAAUAAUAUACUGCUAAAGCACUGUGAUUUGGUGUGCAGCAAUAUACUACUAAAGUUCUGUGAUUUGGUGUGCAACAAUUCGUAAGUCAAAUAUAUACGUUGCUGUAAAUAAAAUAUAUCUAUCAAGGUCGUGUUUAUGUAGGAAACUUUAAGAAGAAAAAAAGGG